AUGAUUGCAAACAAGGAUAAAGUUUAUAUUUAUGACGUUUAUUCUUACUUUGAGGAUAUAGAUUAUGAUAAUAUUAAAAAUAAUAAAAAUAAUAAUAAUAAUAAAAGUGUAUUAAUAAAUAGUAGUAACAACAACAAUAACAAUAACAAUAAUAACAACAACAACAACAACAACAACAAUAAUAAUAAUAAUAAUAAUAAUAAUAAUAAUAAUAAUAAUAAUAAUAAUAAUAAUAAUAAUAAUAAUAAUAAUAAUAAUAAUAAUGGUUAUAUUGAACCAAAUUUAUUGUCAUAUUAUGAAGAAAAAGAAAGUGUAAAUAGUAAAAGUGGUAAUAAUAAUUAUAAUAAUAGUAAAAAUAAGAUUCAGCUUCAACAUAGAGAAAUUAAAAUAGGAUCAUAUAUAAAUACAGAGGUUAAUUAUAAACAGGUUAAUAGUGAUAGUAGUAAUAGUAAUAAUAAUAAUAAUAAUAGUUAUCAAGAUAAUUUACCAAUUAGUAGUUAUCAAGAAAAUAUAGAUGAUGAUGGUGGGAGUAAUGAAUAUGAAGAAGAAAGAGAAGAAGAACAAUAUGAUAUUGAACCAAAUAGUAAUAUUAUUAAUAGUGAUGCAAAAACUAUAAAUUACACACCUGAUAUUUAUUCACCACCUGUAAAUAAUUCAAAUCGGAGUAGUAUAAAUAAUAAUAAUAAUAAUUUUAAUGCAACACAUCAACCAAUAAUUAUUAAUAAUAAUAAUAAUAAUAAUCAACAACAAAAACAACAAUAUCAUCAACAAUAUCAUCAUCAUCAACAACAACAACAACAACAACAACAACAACAAAAACAACAACAACAACAACAACAACAACAACAAUAUCAACAAUAUCAACAACAAUUAUUAAAUUCAUCAAAUUUAAUAUCACAAUUAAAUAGAUAUUGUGGAAAGAGUAAAGAUUAUAAAGGUAAAGAUUGGAAUGGUGAAUUUCAAACGUUAUUAACUCAAGAGAAUAGUGAACAAAAGUUUAGAAAAUUAUCAAAUUUAGCAAAGGAUUUUGUUUCAACUGCAAAAUCAUAUGCAACCGUUAUUAUCAAUGAAUUAUGUGUACCAUUGGAGAUGAAAACUAUUAAACCUGUUGAAAUUGGUGGAUUUGCAGGUGGAUUGAAAUAUCAUUGUCAUGGUAUACUAUUUAAGUUUGCAAUGGAUACAUUGUUGAAUAAGGAAUGUUGGAUGUAUGGUGGUACCACCCAAGGUGGACCAAGGGAUGACUUUGCAGCCAAAGCAGCAUCUAACGAAUUGAAAGGAUUGGUUAGUUAUUAUAUGGCGGGUGUUCCAGGAUUGAAUUACCCAUUGAUGGCAUUAAUCGAUUACAAAGGGUUCCGAUUGAUUGCACUGUCGGUAUUGCCCAUUUCAAGUGACACCAUCAAGUAUGGAUCCUCCGAUAGCGGUUCAACCGUGCACAAUUCAAUACCCGACCUUAACGAGAAAAUGAAAGAAGCAGGAAGGAAAUUAAAUUUAAAAUCGCAUAGAGUUGGCUCGAUAGCCGACCAAUCGAAUAUUCUCUCCUCACCUGGUGAUAUUGAAGCUCAUUUAGGUGAGGAUAAAAGAUAUUAUGUAAUCGACUUUAGUCGUACCUUCCCACCAGAAUCAAUUACAAAACAACCAAAUCUAAAUAAAAGAAGUAUUUUCUAUAAUCUACUUAGACCAGAGUUUGUAAGUAAAUGGAAAGUGCCACUUUGUAGUGACUCUUUCUCUGGUUGGCAAAGAAAUGACCCAAACAAAUUAACACACAAUAAAGAAGUUAUUGAAGCAACUGAAUAUUUAGUUAAUGAUUUGGUGAAACAAUGCGCUGCAAGAUUAGAUAGUCAAGAUAAAGAUGGUAUAGUUAAAACCAAGCAAAAUCAACAAACCUCUCAAAUUUCAUCUGCAUCAUCAACCACUGUAAAACUUGAAUUACCUUCAGAUUUUAAUGAAAUUAAAAAUAAUUUUGCAAAGAAAUUCUUACCAAUUUUUCAAAAAAGAUUUGAAAAUAUCUCUUUAAAUUUUCAAGAUAGUCCAACAACUCAAAAUGAAUUUGAAUCUUCAAUAAAUUAUAAUUUAUUUAAUUCAAUUGAUUCAACAACAUCUUCUUCACAAUCUUCAAAUUUAAAUAGUAAUAAUAGUAACAAUAAUAAUAAUCAAAGUAAUAUUUCACCAACUACUAAAUCUGUUAAUAAUACAACUACAACUACAACUACAACUACAACAACUACAACUACUACUGCAACCACUACAAAUACAAAUGAUAACAACACUAAUAACAACACUAAUAAUAAUAAUAAUAAUAAUACAAUGAAAUUUAAACCAAUGAAUCCAAUAAAGAAUGAAGUACCACAACAAUUAUCAAGAAUUAUUGAAGAAAUGCAUAGAAUGGGUAUUAAUAUUAGACAUAUGGGUAGAGUUAGAUUUUAUUCAAAAUCAAAAGCAAUUAGAGAUUUAUUAUUAAUGGAGAUGGCAGCAAGAUCAAUUAAAACAAUCAUUAGAAAUGAAAUGAGAUUAAAAAUGAAAGAAGAACAAGGUUCAGAAGAACCAUUCAAAGAGAUUGUAAUUGAAAUCUUUAAUUCAGUAUUAGAUAUUCAAUCACCACUUUGGAAAAGAAUUUUAGAAUCUAUAAAAUCAAAAUAUUUUAUGGCAUUUUUAAAAUUAAAUGAUGAUAAUGAUAAUAGUGAUAAUAGUGAUGAUGAUGAUAAUAAUAAUAAUGAUGAUAGUAGUAUAAUUGAUAAUGAUAGUGAAGAGAAACAACAACAACAACAAUCAUCAUCACCACCAACACCACAAGAUGAUGAUAAUAAAUCAAUAAUAUCAUCAGUUUAUUCAAUGGGUAGUAAAAUGAAAGAAGACAUUGAUGAGAAUUGGAUGGAAGGUAUUAAUUUAAAGAACUUAAUUGAUAGAUUACAAUUGUUAAGUGGUAUUUCAUUUUCACAGAUGGCACAGUACGAAUUUGCAAGGGAUCCAUUUAGAUUUCAAUUUGUUGAUUCAGAUAUUCAAGAGAUUAGUGCAAAUGUGAAACAUAUGAAUAUCAUUGAUUAUGCUGAGGGUAUGGCAUUGUCAAUGUCAUCGAAAUCAAAAUUUGGUAGAGAUAGAUUAAGAUUAUUGAAAAUGUCUGCACACAAAUUCCAAAUCUCAUUAAAAAGUAAUCCAGAUAAUUUCAAUUGUAUGUGUCAAUUAGGUAGAACAUUAAUUCAACAAGCAGAGACAUUAUCACAAAUCACUGGUAUGUUGGGUAAAAAUCUUUAUCUAAAGACAUUGGAAGAUGGAAUUUUAAAAUUUUUAGAUGCUCUAUCAAUAGCUCCAAAUUUUACACCUGCCCAUUAUGAAUUGGCUCAUGUUUAUAUUUUAUUAGCACAAUAUUAUCAAUUGAACCUAUAUAAAUCUUCAAAAUAUUAUAAAAAUGCAUCUCAUCAUUUUAUGAAAGCAAUUGAAACUUUUGAAAUUAAUAAAAAUAAUUAUUUAAAUAAUAGUGGUAAUGGUAUUGGUGGUAGUGGUGGUGGUGGUGGUAGUAGUGGAGAUAAUUGUAAUAAUGAUUUCGAAUCUGAUUACUAUUUUUUAAAAAAUCAAAAAAAUCAAGAAGAAGAAGAGGAAGAAGAAGAUAAAAAUGAAGAAAAAGAAGAAGAUAUUUUAAAUGGUAAUAAAGUUAAAAAAACAAUUAUUAAAGAUAUUGAAUUAUUAUUUAAAAAAGGUAUUGAAGGUUCAUCAAGUUAUAUUAUUGGUGUUUCAAUAAUUUGUCAAGCAUUAGAGAAAUUAUUUCCAAAUGAUUCAGAGAUUUUAUUAUUGUUGGGUAAAUCUUAUAUUUAUAGACCUUAUUAUGAUGAUGGUAGCGCCAAUGGUAAAUCUAAAGCAAAAGAUUAUCAAUAUCAAAAUAAUAAAGAAUUCUAUUAUAAAGAGGCAACAAAUGAUUUCCAUAGAGUAUUAUUAAUAAAUAUUGAAUUAAAGCAUAAAGUUUUUGAAGUUGCUCAUGAUAUUUGGUUAAAGAGUAAAACUGGUAAUCGUAAAUUAUAUUAUCCCGCUGCAAAUAUAUUUAGAUUACUAAUUAAAGAGAAUUUUUAUCGUGAAAAUAAAGUUUAUUCAAUGUAUGCUGAUUCAUUAUUAGAAAUUUUAAAAAUGGAAUUUAAUCCACCACCACAACAAUCAUUACCUAAAUCAUCAUCAUCAUCAUCAUCAUCAUCAACAAGAACAACAUCAACACCAUCACCAUCGUCGCCAUCACCAUCGCCAUCAAUUGAAAAUUCACCAAUUUUAAAAUCAACACCAUCAUUACCAUUAACAUCAAUAUCAUCAAUGACACCAACACCAAUGAUACAACCAACUUUACCAUCUGGAUAUUUAUCAGAAUCAACUAUACUUUUUGAACAUUUAUUUACAAUUGGUAAUCAAUAUAUAAUUGAUAAAUUUGAAUCAUCAAUGGUGAAUCAACGUGAAGAAAUUUGUGAUUUUAUAAAGAUGUCAAAUCAUUCAAAAUUAAUAAAGAAUAAGUUAAUUGAAAUUUCAAAAACAAAGAAAUUAAUUAAACUGGAUUUAAGUAGGACAUUAAUUGGUGAUCAAGAUUUAAAUUCAGUUGGUGAAAUAUUUGGUAACCAGUUGGAGGAUUUAGAUCUUUCACAUUGUCCUUUAAUUAGUGAUUUCGGAGUUUCAGAAUUUCUUUCAACUUUUGGUUUAAAAUCAUUACAAUCCUUAUCAUUGGCUGGUAAUUUAAUUGCUGAUAAAACCAUUCAAAUCAUUUCAAAUUUUUGUCCACAAAUUCAAAGAUUAGAUAUUCACAAUUGUACAUUUAUAAACUCUGAAUCAUUAUCUUUACUUUGUCAAAUUUCAAAAUUAAAAAAUUUAAAUUUAUCAAAAUGUAAAGUUUCAAAUGAUAAUAUUUUAUCAUUUUAUCAACCAAUCCCACAACAAUCUCAACAACAACCUCAACUUCAACAACCUCAACAAAUUCAAUCACCACAACAACCAAAUUUACAAAAACAAUUAUCAUUUAAUAAUGGAAUAACACAACAAAUUCAAUCACCACCACCACCACCACCACAACAACAACAACAACCAUAUAUUAAUAAUCAAUUAUUUGAAUUAAUAAUUAGAAAUCAAAGUAGAAUAUCAGAUGAAGGAUUUAAAAGAUUUCAAUCAUGGCAUUGUUUAAAGAUUUUAGAUUUAUCAGGUUGUUCAAAAGUAUCGGAUAAUAUAUUUUUAAAGUUACCAAAAUGUUUAAAUCUUGAACAAUUGAUAUUGGAAGCAUGUUAUAAUUUAACCGAUGUAUCAGUUAUUGGAUUUUCACAACAAAUGCCAAAUCUUUGGAAACUUUCAUUAAAAGGUUGUAAAUUUAUUACUGAUAGAUCAAUCGAUAGUUUAACAAAUAAUUGUAAAAAGAUUAAAGAUUUGAAAUUAUCACGUUGUCAUUCAUUAACCAAUGAAUCAGUGGAAUGGAUUGCAAAUAGAAUCAAUUUAACAUUGGAAAGAAUCGAUUUAUCAAUGUGUCCACAAAUUGCAGAAUCAGCAUUAAUUCAAAUUUUAGAGAGAUGUGAUCAACUUUCUUCAAUAAACUUUUCAGAGAAUCCAAAAGUUUCCGAUGAUUUAAUUACGGUUAUCAAUGAAAGGUUCCCGAAUCUUGUUGAUCUUAGAUUGGAUUCUUGUGGUAAAAUCUCAUCGGAUGGUUUAAAUCUUUCAAAUUUAAUUCAAUUGAAAACUUUAUCAAUUAUAAAAUCACAAAUUUAUCAUAACUCAUUAUCAUUGUUAACAUGUACUCUAUUGAAUUUAACAAGUUUAUCUUUGAAAGGUUGUUUCCAGUUAACUGACACUUCCUUCUUUUCCAUUGGUCAAUUGAAACAAUUGGAAAGUUUAGAUCUAUCAGAAAACUAUAGAUUAUUAGAUAGUUCAAUGGUUUACAUUUGUAGAAAUUUAACAAAGUUAAAACGUUUGGAUAUCUCCUCUUGUUUACGUUUAACCACUAAAACCUUUUUCUUGAUUGGCAAGUAUCUAACUAAAAUCAGUGAAUUGGUCCUCUCAGGUUGUGGUAAUCUCAAUGAUGCUUCUCUAAUUUAUAUCUCUGAGAAUCUAUUGGCAAUUCAACAAUUGGAUAUAUCAGGUUGUCAAAUGAUCACUGAUAAAGGUAUAGCUUCUUUGGCAAAUAAUCAAGUUCAUCUUCAAGUGGUAUCUUUAAAGGAUUGUAAUUCAAUCUCUCAACAAUCAAUUGAUAUACUUAAAACUAAAUGUCCCCUUUUUAAAUUGGUACGUUUAUCUUUACAUUCUUUACCAUUGGUUGGCGAAUUAAUGAAUUCUCCAACAACUGAUAUCCUAAAACCAAUCAAUUUCAAUGUUGGUACAACUGAAGAAUGGAAACAAAUCUCUUUAGAAAAAAGAAAAAAAGAAAUGGAAAGAAAAGAAAAAGAAAAACAAAAAGAAAAAGAAAAAGCUUUAGCUCCAAAAUAUUUAGAUUUUAAUAAUGAAAAAUUAACUUAUCAUAAAAUUUUAAAUUAUAAAAAUGAUAAUUUAAAAUUAGAUCCGAUGCAUUUAGAAAAAUAUCUUAAAGAAGAUGAAUUUAUUAGAAUAUUCCAAGUUAAAAUUGAAAAUUUUAAUUUAUUACCAUUAUGGCAAAGAAAUGAAAGAAAGAGGUUAAAUGGAUUAUUUUAA